AUGGUUAGAACUACUGAGGCAGCUGUGGACAUGGGACCUGGAGCUCUGCUGCCCUGCAUCUGUGCCCUGCUCUCCCUGGACCUGCUGGCCACAGUGGAGCCAGCAGUGCCCCUGGAGGAUUUCUACCCCUUCGGCCAGGAAGAGGGGGAUUCCCAGACCAUCAAACAGGACGACGGGGGCUCUGGGCUGGUGGAGAUAUCUGUGGCAUUCCCUUUCUUCGGUGACCGGCAUGCGGGACUCUAUGUCAACAACAAUGGCCUGGUGUCCUUCCUGAGGGAGGUGUCCCAGUUCACGCCGGUGGCCUUCCCCAUCGCCGGUGACCGCAGGGUGGUUGCACCAUUCUGGGCAGAUGUGGACAACCGGCGGGCGGGCAAGGUCUUUUACAGGGAGAGCAAGGACCCCGUCAUCCUGCAGAGGGCCACUGCUGAUGUACGAAGAUACUUCCCAGAGUUCCCAGCUUUCACUGCUUCAUGGGCACUCAUCGCCACCUGGCACCAAGUCACUUUCUUUGGGGGCAGCUCUUUCACACCGGUCAACACAUUCCAGGUUAUCCUCAUAACAGAUGGAGACCUUGCCUUUACCAUCUUCCAAUACCAUGACAUCACCUGGACCACCGGAAUGCAUGCCAGCAGUGGUGGCGACCUGGCUGGCCUGGGUGGAAUUGCAGCACAGGCAGGUUUCAACGCGGGCGAUGGGAGGCGCUAUUUCAACAUCCCCGGGUCCCGGACUGAUGACGUUGUGGAUGUGGAAGGGACCACCAAUGUGGGUUACCCUGGGCGCUGGGUCUUCCGCAUUGAUGAUGCCCAGGUGCAAGUGGGCGGCUGCAAUGACUCAGCCUCUGUAUGCCCAAACCUGAGGCCCUGCAUGAACGGAGGCCGCUGCAUUGAUGACUGCAUCACGGGAAACCCCUCCUUCACUUGCUCCUGCCUGGCUGGUUUCACAGGGAGGAGGUGUCAGAUAGAUGUGAAUGAGUGUAUGUCGUACCCCUGUCAGAAUGGGGGUACCUGUACGGACCUGACCAACAGCUUCUCCUGCCAGUGCAUGCCAGGGUAUACAGGGCUGCUGUGCGAAACAGACAUCGACGAGUGCCAAGACCAACCAUGCCUCAACAAAGCACAAUGUGUCCAAGGCGUGGGCAACUUCACCUGUGUGUGUGCAGCGGGCUUCACAGGGACUCUGUGUGAGACAGAUAUCAAUGAAUGCAUGUCACAGCCCUGCCUGAAUGGGGGAGAGUGCGUCGACUGGGUGAACAAUUACACCUGCACCUGUCCCGUGACCUUCACCGGGAUGCACUGUGAGACAGAAGUCAAGGUUCAGAUGAAUGCCACAUUAACUGAAACUGAAAAGCAAACAGCCACUUGCAAGGGAGAGGGUUGUGAGGAUCGGCAAAUCUGUGAAUACAUCAGUCCUGGAAACUACAACUGCACGUGCUCCCCAGGCUACUUUGGUGACAACUGCGAAGAGGAGUGCCCCUGCCAGAAUGGGGGUGUGUGUGUCGACGUGAACGCCACCUGUGAAUGCCCGACAGGCUACACUGGCCUCUACUGUCAGUUUGAGGUCACUCAGACCCCCUGCAGCAACAGCAGGCCCUGCCCCGAUGGCGGACCAUGCUUGGAGUAUGGUGGGACAUACCUGUGCACUUGCCAGACCGGCAUCAGUGACAUUGACCACAAGGACUUCUACCCCUUCGUACAGACCCGCUCAGUCUGCGACUCAUCGCCCUGCCUGAAUGGGGGAUACUGCUAUGAGCGGGACGGGGGCUACACCUGUGAGUGCAAGCACGGCUACAGGGGAAAGCACUGCGAGAAAGUCAGGUUAAGUAGCUGUGCCUCUGGCCCCUGUCGCAAUGGUGGAUCCUGCAAAGAGGAGGCAGGCAGCUACCACUGUGUGUGUCCCUAUAGGUUCACUGGGAAACACUGUGAAGUGGGCAAGCCUGACCCCUGUGCCUCCAGUCCCUGCCUGAACGGGGGCACCUGUUUCCACUACAUUGGGAAGUACAAGUGUGAGUGUGCUGGCACGUACAGCGGGAGGCACUGCGAGAUCGGUGGUCCCUCUUCAUCCUCUUCUGCAGGGGUGGACUGUGGGCCACCAGCACAGGUGAAGCAUGCGGACGUGCAGUUUACCUCCAGUGUGCCUGGCUCCAUGGCCCUGUAUACCUGUCACCUAGGCUACACCCCCCUCCCCCGGGCCACCCAGAGCAUCUGCGGGAGCCAGGGGGCCUGGAGCCAGCCCCCUGUAUGUGAAGAGAUCAACGAGUGCCUGUCACAGCCCUGUCUGAAUGGUGGCACGUGUCAUGACCGCGUGGCGGCCUACCUGUGCGAGUGUGAGGACGGCUUUAGUGGACCUCGCUGCCAGACAGAUGUGGACGAGUGCCUGUCAGAACCCUGCAAACAUGGCGGGACGUGCGUGGACCAGCCUGGCACCUACUUCUGCCACUGCCAGCAAGGGUUUAUGGGACGGGACUGUGAAAUAGAGCAGGAUAGUUGUGAAUCAAGCCCCUGUCUGAAUGGAGGAGUGUGUCGGGGCUAUAGAGGAAGUCGUCUUUGCGUGUGCAAGGAGGGCUUCAUCGGAGACCGCUGCCAAAUCUUGGAGAAUCCAUGUGUACUGCAGCCCUGUGGGAAUCGUGGUUUCUGCCGCAGUGACAGGAGGGGGAAUUACAGCUGCACCUGCAGGGUGGGCCACACAGGCAGGGAUUGUGAGAAAGACCUGCUUCCCCCCUCGGGCUUACAUGUGCUGAGGGUGGAGGAGAGUGAGGUGGAACUGCGCUGGGACCUGCCAGAUUCCCCCCAGAGUCUCAUUAGCGGCUUUGCCAUCACCUAUGCACCCCUGGGACGCGGCGCCCGCAAAACCGACUUUCUGGACAAGCUUCACUCCACCCACCUGCUGCAGGGCCUUGCACCUGGCCACCUCUACAACAUCUCCACCUUCUCCGUCAAACGCAAUGCCAACAGCAACGACAUUAGCCAGCCUGCCGUCGCCCUCAUCCGCACCCGGCCCAAGAAAGUGGAGCAGCUGCAGGUGGUGAAUGUGUCAUCCUCGCAGGUGUGGCUGCGUUGGCUGGUGCAGGUGGGCCAGCACUCUGCGGUUAGCCAGGUGCGCGUGUCCCUUGCGGCUUCUGAUGGCAGCGGGACCCGCACCGCCCUGCUCAACACCAGCGUCACCGAGUACAGCUUCAGUUCCCUGCUCCCUGGUCAGAUGUACACUGUGGAUGUGCUAACGCAGAGUGGACUGAGACCAGAGGAGUUACCCUCCACCAGCCAUUCUGUAGGGCCACUGCGUGUCUGGACCAUGCCCCUUCCUCCUCAGAACCUCUCCCUGUCCCAUGUCACCACUACCUCGGCUCAGAUCACCUGGGACCGCCACCCCAGGAGCCUCCCGGAUGGCUUUGUUGUCAAUGUGACGCGGGGCUUGAGCAUCAGGAGCCGUUAUCUGCCCAGCGGAAAGACAAGUGUGUACACCCUGCGUGACCUCACUCCCGGGCAGCACUAUCGCCUGGCACUGACCGCUGUCCGCAACACUGACCAGGAGCAGGUCCACAGCGUGCCCCAGCACCUGGCCUUCACUACCUUACCAUUAGAAGAGCACCCAGAGAGGCGAGAAAGGCCUACGCAGGUGGAACGUGACCUGCAGCUCAGUCGACCCCUGACCCCCACUGUCCAGCAGGACCUGGGUGCGGUUUCAGAGCAGGAACACUCUGAAGAGAUGCCUAGAUACACAGAGCUGGUUGAUGGCAGAGGGAGGAUAACAGCCAAGUUCACCAAUCUGUCCAGGAAGUCCAUCAAACAUCGUAUGAAACCUGAGCCCCCAAUCAAAUUAGAGAAAAUGGAGGAGACAACCAAUAAAAUCAGUCUGGCAUUAGAAAUCCCUGAGGAAGUGAUGAAGAGAAGGUCUGAGCCUCCUCGGGACUGCCGGAGCCUGCCUUGCCAGAAUGGGGGGACGUGUGUGAGGGGGAGCGACUCUUACACCUGCGACUGUGCCAGCGGGUUCAAAGGACGGCAAUGCGAGCUGUUCUGCCAGAGAGUGCCACACCCCUGUACACGCCUCUACUCUGAGACGAAGAGUGUGCCCGUCUGGGAGGGCAGCGUCUGUCAUUACCUGUAUAAAAGGACCUAUAAAGUCCAGCAGGAUGUUUGUUACCGAGAAAUCUGUGAGCCCAUCCUUCCUAAGAAAACUCCCAGAAGCUCCUCUCAGAAGGUAUUGUGAACAGACUGUGUUGGAGGCAAGGAAUUCCCCAUGAUGAAGACCAGCCUCCAGCUGCUCUAACACGAGUCUGUUAGGCUUGUGUGAGGUCUGCCCCCACCAAUGCACCUCAAGUGCCCCUGCCCCCUCACCACCCCCAAUGCCUGCUGGAUCCUUGGAAGCACAUGUCAAUCAAAGGGGUUCAGAGUGAGAGGCUGAUACUUCACAUGCAACAGAAGAAACAAUCAUGAAUCACGGUCCAGUCCAGCAGUGCCCCUGCAUAAAAAACCAUACCUCAAAUUUCAAAGCUGAAGCAUUUGAACAAGUUUUGUAUGUAAUAUCAGUAUAGUCCCUCAGGGAGCUGGUGUAUCCUUGUUGACCCCAUCACCAACCCCACAUUUCUGUCCCCUGUGCUACAAACUCUUAGCAAAACCAUACACUCAUUCUGUGUGGCUGUGCAAAACCACAGUGGUUAAACCUGGUGUUAGACUGAAAAUAACUGGCUGCAGCUGAGUCCCAAUGCCAUACUUUAGAAG